AUGACUAGAACUGUUAUUCAGGCCGGAGCAGUCGGGAAGGUUACUCAAGCGCGGCACGCCACCGACUACAAAACACUCAUUACACGUGUACCACAGCUUCGUUGUGCCCUUCCGGCCGGUGUGGCUGUGGGGUACCGUCCAUUAGUCACUAGCCCUGGGAGGAGGAGGAGGGUGACUGGCGCGCUCGCCUCAGGCCGACACAAAAUAAAUAGGAAUUUCGAAUAG